AUGAACAAGCAAAGCCUCCUCAACGCACUCGUUGGCGUCCUCAAUUCGACCUCCAUUCUUCGCACGGGGGUUCAAGAGCCCAGUACUAGUGAUAGCACGAGUCUCCAUGCGACGCCGACCAACGUGUCACUGAGUACCACCGGCAUGUCAAAUUGUACUCAGGCCUGCGCGCUAGGCGGCCUGGUUUGUGUAGUGGCCCUUCCUAGUGAAGCGAACUUCUGCUGGGACUCAUACUCUGGGUGUAUUAAGCGCUGCUAG